UCUGUUUUGUUUGAAACCUGAACUUUGCCGGAUAUCCGUUUGCUGUUUCUGCCGAAAAUCGCGGAUAAGGUUUACAACUGAAAAGUUCCUUAUUCGGCAUACGAUUUCCUAACGUAUCAGGCUGUAAAGUUAUGGCUGUAGGGAAAAACAAGGGACUUUCCAAAGGAGGAAAAAAGGGAGUGAAGAAGAAGGUAGUGGACCCGUUCACACGCAAAGAUUGGUAUGAUGUUAAAGCCCCGUUGAUGUUUAAAAAUUUCCAUAUUGGGAAAACACUUGUGAACAGAACUCAAGGAACUAAGAUUGCAUCCGAGGGCCUCAAAGGCAGGGUUUUUGAAGUUUCGACCACAGACCUUCAAAUGGACACAGACACCGAAAGACUGUAUAGGAAAUUUCGUCUCAUUGCCGAGGAUGUUCAAGCGAAGAACGUUCUCACAAAUUUCCACGGGAUGGACUUUUCCACAGACAAACUGAGGAGCAUGGUUAAGAAAUGGCAGACUUUAAUUGAAGCGAAUGUGGAUGUUAGAACAACUGAUGGUUAUCUUCUUAGAGUAUUCUGCAUUGGUUUCACCAACAAAGACCAAAUGUCUCAAAGAAAGACUUGCUACGCUCAACGAAAACAGGUCAAGGAAAUUAGAGGAAAAAUGAUUUAUAACAUAACAAAGACAGUGACUAAUAGUAAUUUACGUGAUGUAGUUAAUAAAUUAAUUCCUGAUUCAAUUGCUAAAGACAUAGAAAAGAACUGCCAAGGAAUCUAUCCUCUUCACGAUGUCUACAUCCGCAAAGUCAAAGUCUUAAAAAAACCACGAUUUGAAUUGAGCAAACUAUUAGACUUGCAUGGGGAUGGAAAGGUUGAUGAAUCUGGUGUAAGAGUCUCAAGACCGGACACUUACGAACCUCCAGUCCAAGAAUCUGUUUAAUUUUCAUUUUUUCAAUCCGUGUUUUCAUAGAAUUUGUUUUUUUCGUUCAGUGUUGGUGAAACUAUGGAUUUUGCCAAUUUUUCUUUUAUUUGUGUUGAUUUUGUCGGACCUUUUGCAUUGUUUUUGCCUAUUAAAAAAGAAUAAUCAAUAAAUGAGAUUUUAAGUUCAUAGUUUUA